UCGAAUCGCUCCCUCCUCCUCCCACCCUUUCUCUUUCUGAGUCUCAGGUUUUUGUUUAUUUUGUUUUAUUUUUUUCGUUGGGCGAAACCCUAGUUCAGGAGGAGCUAAAGGGUUCCGAUCGAGAUCGAGAGAAGGAAUCGAUGUCGGGAGCCGGUCAAGAGGAGGACAAGAAGCCGGCGGAUCAGUCCGCUCACAUCAAUCUCAAGGUCAAGGGACAGGAUGGAAAUGAGGUGUUUUUCAGGAUCAAGCGCAGCACUCAGCUACGGAAACUCAUGAAUGCCUACUGUGACCGCCAGUCGGUUGAUUUCAAUUCCAUUGCCUUCUUGUUUGAUGGCCGGAGGCUUCGUGGGGAGCAGACCCCUGAUGAACUUGAGAUGGAAGAUGGGGAUGAGAUUGAUGCUAUGCUGCACCAAACUGGGGGUGGUCUGUGACGUGCACAGAAAUCAUUCUGGUUCUAUUUUUGUGUAGAACUUACAAUCGUGUAUAGGUGAAGGAGUAGCAUCUAGUGGGCUUCAUAUGACAGUAGUUGUGAACAGCAUCAGUAUCUGAAAUAGAUGUUUGGAGGCUUUUAUUUGGAGCUGUGGAAUCAUUGUGUUAUCUUGCUGUCAUGGGAAUGCUAUCAUCUAUUAGUACUAUCUUGUUUGCUUGAAGGGGUCCAGAUGUCUGGCAGAAUAGUGAGUUGUCUUUUUUAAGACGUCAUCUUUAGGUUGGCUAUGCCUGAUAUGAAUUUGUUUGCCCCCACUAUUGCGAAAAAAUGUUGCUUGACUU